CUAUGGAGAAUCCUUGAGCUAACUCUUUCUAUAUACUCCUUCCGAUCCUAAAUAAACCUCACACUUUCAUUUUUGGGGGUAUGCUGGGAAAGUCAAAAACAAAAAUUUCACUUUCUUAAAAACCGUAAAAUCAAACUAUGAAGUUUAUUUAUCACUAUAGAGAGUAUAUGUCACCAUGUAGCUUGAAAGAAAAUUGCAGUCCUUUUUGUUCCGAAGGCAUGUCUUCAUAAUUUUCAUGGCAAAAAAUGAUCACUCUAUUAUUGCAGUUGAUAUUGGACGAGUCAGUAGAAGGCGACGUAUUCUAUCAACAAGAGGAUCAGUUAUUCACUUUCGAGUCUUCGUCAUUACUGCACACAAGUCCACAAGUGUUGAUGCUUUCUUCAACUCUAGAUUUUGUUUAGCAUUAUAUUUGAAAUGCCUUAGCCGAAUCCUCAAGUGUUCCUUUCCAUUGUAGAAAGUUAUCACGAUAAAAUUUGUUCACAAGUUUGCAUUUGUACUCAACUUGAAAAGACUUAUAAUCUUCAUGGGUGACUUGGUUGCACAGAGCAUAUCCCCUCUCAUACCUUCAAAUAAAUACACCUGGAAAUUCUAUUGCACAAUUCUCACCCAGGGAUAGAACAAAAGUAAGACCUUCCCAAAAUGAAACAAUUUUAUAAAAUGAAAUUCAUUAGUGUAAUUAAUAGUUCAAUUGGCUCUCAUUUGGAAGUACACCUCAUUAUGUACCAUUUUAUUAUCCUUUUGCACCUUGGUUGUUGCUCAAAGUGAAAUCUAUAGAAUUAAAAUGAAAGCAAAAGAACCGGAAGAGUUCUUGUGUUUUUGUGGUGCAUUUAUAAAUCUUUUGUGUUUGUGGUGCAUUUAUAAAUCUUUUGUGCAUAUUGUGUGUGUCGUCAAACAUCCCUGUGUUGUUCCAGCCACAGCAGUUGUGAAGCCGGCAUGCUUGAAAGGAUGCAUGGAGAUUGGAGGGGGCUCAUUUGAGGAGGUUGUUCCUGAUAAAUAUAAGGCUGUUUUUACUUGGACUGAUUCACUGAUCUGGUCGUCUAAUAAAUAUUUUAUCUCUGUGUAUUUCAUAAUUGUCCAAGUCUGGUCUGGGACUAAUAAUAAUCCGAGUAAAAACAUCCUAACAACAUAUUAUGAUUGUAUUAUUAUACGGGCAAAUUGGAUAUUAAAAAUAAUUUUAUUUAUAAAUAUUUAUUUAUAAGAAUUUCCCUUAGGUCUGGGUCCAUGUAGUAGCUGGCAGGUGGAACCGUGGAAC